AUGCCUAUGUUCGAAGAUUACGAUAUUGCCCAAGCCACUGAGAUGCAGGACAAGAAGGCUGCUUCUACAGCCAACUCCAAUGGCAAUGCCAACGGACACUCUAACGGCAAUGGCACAGAGUCAAACUCUCUGCCCAUUCCUGGAGAUGAUGGUGAUGGACCUAUCGAGGUUCCCGCCUCGAGAUCGUCCGUCUCUGAAGCAGCAAAGUACAUGCACAACUUAAGCAUGUCUCCCUCUAUGAAGGAGAGAAGAGGCUCUCGUAACUCUUUCGGCACAGCUCUUCCCAUCCCCCGAUCUAAGAGACAAUCACGACUAUCGUCGGUUCACUACCCCGAUGGUGAUGAGUCUCUCGGCCGCCCAACACGCCCGGGCAUGCCACCUAUCCAGCCCUCUCGUGCUAUCCUAGCUUCCCAAGUUCAGAGCGUCGAAGUCGAGAAGGUAAAGAAGGCUAAGAACAUGGCUUUCGCUUUCGACAUCGAUGGUGUCCUUGUCCACGGUGACCGUCUCAUUCCUGAGGGCCGUCGUGCUCUGGAUAUCUUGAACGGUGACAACGAACUCGGCAUCAAGAUUCCUCACAUCUUCUUAACUAACGGAUCCGGAAAGCCUGAGAAGGCUCGUUGCGAACAGCUCGCCAAGAUUCUACACAACCCCGUCGACACAGAACAAUUUAUUCAAUCGCACACUCCUAUGAGCGCUCUUGCUGAAUACUACAACACCGUCCUAGUUGUUGGUGGUGAGGGCUACAAGUGCCGUGAAGUUGCCGAGCAAUACGGCUUCAAGGACAUCGUUGUUCCCAACGACAUUGUUGCCUGGGACCAGUCUAUCGCACCUUACCGUGUUUUCACACCCGAGGAGCGAGCAUCUUCUCGGCCACGAGACUUCACUAAGACUAACAUCGAGGCUAUCCUGGUCUUCUCUGACUCUCGAGACUACGCGACUGACAUGCAAAUCAUCAUGGAUGUACUACGAUCCGAGAAUGGUCGUCUAGGUACUAUGGCUAAGGACCCUCUCUCUCAACGCGUCCCUAUCUACUUCUCGCAGGGUGACAUGUUGUGCCCCACCGAGCACUGGACACCCCGUAUGUCUCAGGGUGCAUUCCGUAUCGGUCUUGAGGCCAUGUACCGAGCCCUGACCGGAAUCGACCUUGAGCGUGUCGUUUACGGAAAGCCCGAAACUGCUACAUACAAGUACGCCGAUGAAGUUCUCACCUCGUGGAUGGAGCAACUCCACGGCGAGGAAGCUUCCAGAAAACAUCUACAUGAUCGGUGA